AUGAAAAUAACAGUUAUUUUCGGUGAAAUUCGUAUCUUGGUGCCAUGCAGUAGUGGUGACCUUCGAAUUUCUGAUUUAAUUAAAAAAGCUGUGGAUCGAUAUAGGAAAGUGACCAAAAAGCUACCUGGUGAAGGUGUUUAUGUAAGAUCAGUAGAAGAUGCAAAAGAUCACGCUAUCUUAGAUGAUGAUGAUCUAGUUAACGAAGUCUUGGACGAUCGUGAUAUGGUCAUUGCUAACUAUGAAGAAGACCGACCAGGUCGCUAUGCUGGGCUUAAUGUCACUGAUAUUCCAAGUGCUUCGUCUAAUGGCACAGCUAGCCCUGAAAUGUUUACAGCAGAAAUAAAUCAUAUGCCUCGCAAUCUUAACUCGAUUGUCGAUCACCAGAUCGAUAACGGAAAUGAACCAAACAACCAAGGCGCCAAAUUUACUAAUUCAACUAGCACUCCCGUAGACAAUUCGGCUACAGACGAUGAUCGAUUUACAAAAGGGCUAACUUCAAGAAGGUCACUAGGAUUAAAUCACCCAAUGUUAUCUAACUGGGCUGAGGAGCAAGAUCGUAAAUUAACAGAAAUGGAAGACAGAGGAGAAAAUGAAAGCAAUGAUAAAAAUAUUAAGGAGCCUAGUACUCACUAUGAUGGAAGUCAUGAUAGAUCUAGCGGGACUAGCGAUGACGAAAACAAAGGAAAGAUAUUAGAUAAAAUUGGUAAAACUAUCAUGCCAUUAUCUGCCAAUACUAAAAGGAUUGGUAAAAGAGUUACUAUCGAUUUAGUUAAAGGUGAAGAAGGGCUUGGUUUUACUAUAACGAGUCGUGAUAAUUCUACAGGAAAUGAUAAACCAAUCUACAUCAAGAAAGUAGUAUCAAAGGGUGUAGCAGCAAGAGAUGGUCGAUUAAAAAUUGGAGAUCGCUUAUUAGAGGUUAAUGAUAUGGAUGUAGUUAAUAAGAGUCGACAUGAAGUCGUAGCCCUACUCAAAAGUUGUAUAGGAGUUGUAAGAUUGGUUGUGUCAAGACAAGAUGAUCAAGAAAAUGAAGAUACUGCAGUAUCAACAAAUAAUCAAGUAUCAUCUGAAGAUGUUUCGCCAAACCAACCAGUAGUAGUUCCAGAACCACAAGAAAUUAAUGAUAGUUCACCGAAUCCAGUUAGUUCAGUCACUCCUAUGUCGUCCUUAGAGCCAUUGCCUACUCCUAAUGAUCAUGCUUUUACUGAACCAAAACCUGCACCGAUUAUUCCUGAAGAUUUUCAAAUGCAUACUGAAAUAAUCCAGGUUAAGCUAAGAACGUCUCCUGCAGGUGGAUUAGGCAUCAAUGUGAAAGGGCGUAUUUUGAAUGAAGAUAGUUCAUCGCCCACUGGCAGAAAGGAUGCUGGUAUUUUUAUUAAAGCAAUUAUGCCCGGGAGCGCAGCAGACCAGGAUGGCAGGUUACUAAAGGAUGAUCGUGUCAUUGCGGUUAAUAAUAUCUCGCUAAAUCAUCUUGCAAAUGACGAGGCUAUGUCAACUUUAAAAGCAAUCAUGAAGGAUGCCAUAGAGAGGGCAGGAUUUGUUACUUUUGCUGUUUUGAGGCAUACAGGAACACAAGUCUCCAUGAUCAGCGACACAAUGGAUAGUAGCCAUUUACUUUCUAAUCCAUCACAAGAUACAUAUUUCAAGAAUAGUCACCCCGAAGACUUUCUAGAUGAUGUGGUCUUUACUAAUGAUAGCCAUCUUCCAUCUCCUUUGAAAAAUUAUAUAACUGAUCCUGUAAUCAAUGAUGAUCCACGCAGCGUUCCACAACAACCAAAAUCUUUUAACCCGGCAGCUGAUUAUGCAAAUGCGACAUUAUCUGUAAUUCCAACUGAUCCGGAACAAACUGAUGGCUAUCACCAUCUUUCUAAUCCUAACACUUACGAUGUCAUGGACAGCCCACUGCCACCUGAAGGUUAUCGGGAUUCACCUCAAAUGGUAGAAAUUAGCAAUAAACCUGAGGUAUCUAGUUACACAGAUCAUGACAUACCGGAUAGAUCCAUUUCACCUGAACCAGAUGGAUCGGCGUUCGCAAGAGACGCUCCUGAACGGCAUUCAUUUUCUGAACGCCAUAGCCGUACUAGAAAUGCUCAAGAUAUACCAUUCUUUCAAAAUCUAAAAAGUGCUGCUAGGUCUCGAAGCAUGGAUUUGAUGGGUAAUGCUUCAAAUACUGGUGACCAAGAUCGACAAGAAGAACUCAGAAGAAAUCAUGACCCAAUUUCAUUAGACUCCGGUACUACAUAUUUACCAAAUUCACAAAAUCAUCCAGAAUCGGAGAAUCACAUCAAUCGAAAUCGCCCAUGCAAUAAUAGCUUUCGCAACGCGUUGAGCGACAGACAGCCAAAAAAUGGUAGAGGAGAAAAUCAUGAACCUGUUAAAAAGGACGCGCCGCUUAAAAAGAAGAAAUCCGGUUUCUUUAAGGGAAUUUUUAAAUCAAAGAGCAGCAAAGAUAACUCCUCUAAUAAAAAAUCAUCUCGACAAACUUCAUUGCCGCCUAUUGCUAGAAGAAUAGAUCAUAAUUCACAAGUAGGAGAAACUAAAGAAUCAGAUAAUGGACCUAGAAGCUAUCAACCUCCACGUACAGAACCUAAUCAUGUUCAAGCUAAUGGCCAUCACAAUCACAACCACGUCAAUGAUAAAUAUUUACCAAAUGGAACGCAUUCACGCAUUUCGAACAACGUUCAUUUUAAUGGCUUAGAUCAAAGACCGAAACCAAACGACCGAUAUGAUCACACAACGGAUUUCAAAGAUGUUAACACAGGCAGACGACCAAAUCAUAAUACACAUCGUGAGUCUAGUCGAUCUGAUAACCGUUUCGAAGGCGACAGUAAACCAAUGUUUCAGCGAGCGCAAGAACAACAAAAACGUCGUGAUGAGGAGCGACAAUUUCGUGAGAGACAAAUAGAACAGCAGCGCGAAUUUUCGCGGCUCUAUAAGACUCCCAAGCAUGCUCCAUAUCGUGAUUUAGUUAAUGGUAAAGAUAGAAAUGGUCGAAUUGAUUCUGGUAGUUCUUCUUCAUCGGCACUAUCGCAGCCUAACGCUGUUAAUUCACCAACACACGUUAGUAAUGGUCAAGGUAGUUUAGCCUUCUCAAGUUAUCGUGAGAAAAGCCAGGCUAAUGAUAAAAUCCAUGGUCAAAACUUACGGAAUUCACUCAAUCCUACCGCUAUUCAAUCACCAUGGCGUCCACCAAAUCAUCUUACAAAAUCAUAUCAAUCUGGCCAAGCUAACACUACACCGGAAUUAAUGGAUCGUACAAAUUAUGCAAAGAAAAUGCCUCGAGAUGCCAAUAAUUUUGUUUUUAGACAGCGACAAGAUGAUCGAAGAUCUUCAAAGAACAGCUUGGAAAUAUCAAGACCUACACAAGUGUAA